AUGGAAGGAGGUAUUAAGAGGCCAGGAGGAGGUCACAAAAGGCUAGGAGGAGGUCACAAGAGGCUAGGAGGAGGUCAAAAGAGGCCAGGAGGUGGUCACAAGAGGCCAGGAGGAGGUCACAAGAGGCCAGGAGGAGGUCACAAGAGGCCAGGAGGAGGUCACAAGAGGCCAGGAGGAGGUUGCGAGAGGCCAGAAGGAGGUCGAGAGAGGCCAGAAGGAUGUCGUGAGAGGCCAGAAGGAGGUCGCAAGAGGCCAGAAGGAGGUCGCAAGAGGCCAGAAGGAGGUCGCAAGAGGCCAGGAGGAGGUCGCAAGAGGCCAGGGGGAGGUCGCAAGGGGGCCAGAAGGAGGAGGUCACUAAGAGGCCAGGGGGAAGUCGCAAGAGGCCAGGGGGAAGUCGCAAGAGGCCAGGGGGAGGUCGCAAGAGGCCAGGGGGAGGUAGCAAGAAGCCAGGAGGAGGUCGCAAGAGGCCAGGAGGAGGUCGUUUAUCAUCGUGGAGAUUAUUUUCAUCCCUGA